AUGCUUUUAAUUAAAAGUUUAAAAGUUGAAAUUGUUGAUAUGUUCAAAUUAUUAAAACAAUUAAGCUAUGAUCAUCAUCGUAUUUUAUUUGGAUAUAGUGAAUCAUUUAUAAAAUGGUUAAAAUUACAAGGUGUUUCAGAUAAAAAUCCUCAUCUUGAAUUUUCAAGAUUUUUAACUACAUAUAAAGAUGAUGAAACUUAUCAAGAUUUGUAUAAUAGUUAUCAAGAUCGCUUUAUUGUUUUGUCUAAUGAUCUUAAAUUAGUUGCAGAAAAACGAUGUAAUAUUUUGAGUGUUGAAAAAUCUACUCAUUUAGUUGAGAAUUAUCAUG